ACAGUCUAUCAAGUCUAUCCAUCAUCAUUCCUUGACGUGAAUGGUGACGGGACUGGCGAUCUCGCAGGCAUCAUUGCCAAAUUCGACUAUCUCAAGGAUCUUGGUGUAGACGUUAUAUGGCUUAGCCCGAUCUAUCGUAGCCCAUUGGCUGAUAUGGGCUAUGACAUGCAAGCGCUAAUCGAUAUCGAUUCACGCUACGGCACGCUUGAAGACUGGGGCCGCCUUCUCGAUGGCGCGCACGCACGUGAAAGGAAUCUCAUGUAUGUAUUAUUCGAACCUCAUACUCACGCCUGGUUCACUGCUUCAAAAUCAAGCAAAAAUGACCCAAAGCGCGAUUGGUACAUCUAG